AUGCAAAUCCUCCUCUCAGUCGCGCUCUUGGGCGCACUCGCCAGUCUUUCUUAUGCCGCGCCCACAAACUCUACUCAACCGCUCGCAAAGCGCAUCUCUGGACGCGCUUCAUGGUAUCAUGUCGGACUUGGUGCCUGCGGACAAUGGAACAACCCUGGAGACUUUAUCGUCGCUUUGAACUCGGUGCAAUUCCACCCAAAUGGAGAGUCGCAAUGGCCAAGCUCCCAGUGCAAUCGUCCAAUCAGAAUCACACACAAUGGCAAGUCAGUUAAUGCAGUCGUCAUGGACGAGUGCCCGAAUAUUGAUGGUAAUGGCUGCUACGAAGGCUACCUCGACUUGAGCUUUGGCCUCUUCCAACAGUGGUACCCGGAUCCUUAUCAACAAGGCAUCUUCUGGAUGGACUGGGAGUUCACUGAUGGACAAGGCGGCGGCGGAGGGGGAUGGACUCCUCCACCCCCUCCACCAUCUUCUUCUGAGCCGCCUUAUACGCCUCCACCAUCAUCAGCACCACCGCCAUCAAGCACAUGGACGCCGACGCCAACGUCUACAUCGAGUUCAACACCGACUCCGAGCUCGUCAACGACUCAACAUUCCUCGUCAUCGUCGACUGGCGACGUUUCUGCGCAAGGUGCGACAGAGACUACGACCUCUGGACACAAAGGCCUCGAUGGGAUCAAUCUUGCCGCAAACCAGAUGAUCAAUCUCCUCCGGAUUGCAAAGGGCGUCUAG